AGCGAGGGUUCUAAUUAGGGUUUCUGGCUUGUGAACCUGUCGUGUCCUCGGCGCUGUAUCUUCAACCAUGGCGGAGCAGACGGAGAAGGCAUUUUUGAAGCAGCCGAAGGUGUUUCUAUGCUCGAAGAAAACUGGCAAGGGGAAAAGGCCAGGAAAGGGCGGAAACCGCUUCUGGAAGAACAUUGGGCUUGGUUUUAAGACACCCAGAGAAGCAAUUGAUGGUACAUAUAUUGAUAAGAAAUGUCCAUUCGCUGGCACUGUAUCUAUCAGGGGUCGUAUUCUGGCUGGCACUUGCCACAGUGCAAAAAUGACAAGGACCAUCAUUGUUCGAAGGAACUAUCUUCAUUUUGUUAAGAAAUACCAAAGAUAUGAGAAGAGGCACUCCAAUAUUCCCGCUCAUGUUUCCCCAUGCUUCCGUGUGAAGGAAGGAGACCAUGUUAUCAUUGGCCAAUGCAGGCCACUGUCAAAGACGGUGAGGUUCAAUGUUUUGAAAGUGAUUCCAGCAGGAUCGGGUGGCAGUGGGAAAAAGGCUUUUACGGCAAUUUGAAUAGUUUUGUGAUGUGGUGUUACUGGUUAUAUCUGUCAGGAUUUGAAUUGAGUCUAUGUUAUUGGUGACUAAAUUCUGUUUGGGUUCUUACAUCAUAAACUAGCUUUGGCGAGUUUUAUAUUUUAUAAUUAGGACAUUUGAUGCUCUAUUUUCUUGUCCUUUUUUCUUGAUUCAAAACUAUGUUCGCAUCAGUUUUGUGCUGCUAUGCUAAUAUUGAACCUGGCUUGUUUGUUUAUCUAGUGUUUGAAUUAAUGAAUUUCUUACUGCGAA